AUAAGCAACCAAUAGUGUAUGUCUAUAAAUUCUAUAUCCAGGAGACGAGUCUGUCAGUGCAGCUUCCAAAUUCAUGUUAUCUGCAAUCAUCUUAUAUGCAGUAAUCUCCAUUUCCGUUCAUUUCUCGGAAUGAAAACCUUCACCUGAACUGGAAUGCAUGGAGAUCAGAGAUCAGGUCUAAUGCUGCUCUGUGCUUUAUCAGUUUUGUUAGUUCGAACUUAAACCGGCUACUUCGAUCAUAUUGAUCGACGACGGUAAUUUUUACAUUCGUUGGUUGAUCAGCUCCUUCGAUGCUGAAGGAUAACUCCACUUCUGAUGGAGGAAAUGCCUGCUCAAACUCGAGAUCGGUUGCAGCCGCCGGCAACUCAACCUCCUGCGGAUCCUCGUCGCCGCCCUACCAUUGCAAUCCUUUUCUAUCGCCAUCUCCAUCACCGAGCCAUUUGGAUUCAGCGGACUACGCAGCGAACCAUAACUCCUCUUUCCUCUCGUCUCAGAAUUGGAAAUCUCCAUCUGAUGAUACCUCAUUCUGCGAAGCUGAAGCUAUGGCGACAGAACGCCGACUCUUUCAGGCCAGUUACGUCCUCGAGUACCAGCAGCUCUACAAUCGGUACACUCUCAUUUAUGCUAGCCUUCAGGAGUCUCUCAAGGAAGUCAUUGCGCUUCGCCGUGAGAACAAGGCUCUUCAUCUGGCCAAUGCCGAUUUGGUCCAGCGUCUGAGUCUGCUCUCUCAGGCUACGAUCCAGAAUUGUCUUCUCUCAGAUUUCAGUCACCUCGGCAUCGGAGCGCAAGUUUCCCCUGUCCGUAACGCUCUCAUCGCAGAACCAAAUCCUCCCACCCUCAGGCCACCGCCGGGAUCCAUAGAGCAACACCGGAUCGAAAGAGUAUAUCAAGAGAAAGUGCAGCUUCCAAAGAGCAUUUCAGUACGCUCGAGUGGCUACCUCAAGCUGAAGGCGCAACAUAGUUCAGCCGGCUUCCAGAAUAGCCACCGUGAUACGACUAAGUCUCUUACCCAAUUGCAGCAAAGAGUAUACGUUCCCGGGGCAAAAAAGGAAGACGAGGCUCUGGAGUUUGAUGUCUACAAUCAAGGAAUGAUCAAAACAGAGCUAUGCAACAAGUGGCAAGAAACCGGCGAGUGUCCGUAUGGCGAGAACUGCCAGUUUGCUCACGGUGUGAAAGAACUACGGCCAGUGAUCCGACAUCCACGAUACAAGACAGAGAUCUGCCGCAUGGUGAUGGCCGGUGACGAUUGUCCUUAUGGCCACCGUUGCCAUUUCCGGCACUCUAUCGCCGACCAGGACCGGCUCCCGUCAAACCAUAUCCGAACCGUUGACUAAAAAAAAUUACUUGGCAUGGGAAAGUUUUACUGCGUAUAUUGGUUUAUAACUACUCCGUAUAAUAAUAAUAAUAAUACUCAGUAAUAAAUGAUUUACAUUGUCGGACCGAUAAUGGAUAUUCAAAAUACGCCUUUUGAUGCGUUUUAACUUUUAAUUCUGUAUUUUUUGGAAACAUUAUGGCGUCCGGCCUAGAAGUGUGAAUAUAUUAUGGCAUACUCGGUAUUCUAUAAGAUGAAUUUAGAAACAAAUUCGAUGAAAACUUAAAGGGUUUUUUCCUUCAAUAAGAAGGUCACAUGUUCGAUGAAAACAUAUUCGAUGAAAACAAAUUCGAUGAAAACUUAAAUCGAAUUUCCAAAAAUGUGAUCAUUUUUAUAAAAUGACAAAAAUGUGACUAAAAAGGUCACAUAUAUGGAAUAACAUGAUAUCACUGUAUUUUUAUGUCACUGUCAUAGUUUUAUGUCUCUUUUAUGUAAUUAUUAGAUUUUUAUGUCACUUUUGAAUGUAACCAUCAGAUUUCGUGUCACUUUAAGGUGUCACUUCUGCCGUGAAACGUGUCACUAUGUUCUCGGAAAAAUUUUCGAUGACUUUUUCCGACGUCCACGUGACCCGGCCAGAUAACUCCGGCCACUAGUUCACCA